AGAGGGACCCUGUACGGAAGUAGGGGAAAGAGAGGAAGGAGGAGUCACUCACGCUCUCUGCUCGUGUGUGUGUGCUUGAGUUACAGCAGAAGAUGGGAGUAAACACACGAGGGGAAUAAUGUCCUCGCUAACACACGCUGAGUCUCGGAGUGACGCCGGAGUACACUGCGAGUUCCUCAGCCACCUCUAUAACUGUUAAGUCCAGGCGUUUAGCUCAGGGUGAUUAAGGCGGGACCAUUACAUAAGGAGUAACACAUGACGGGGUGUGCUGUUACAGGAAAAUAAUCCACACCAGGGUGGUGAGACACGGCGUGACAGGAGUUACAGUAAAGGAAAAACAGUAGCGGGCCUAAAGCAGAGCCUUGUGGAACACCGGAUUCACUUCGACAUUAAUGAGCGUGAUGGAGUCCACAGUUAGCACGUCCACGCAGGUGCCUGAUGAAUACGACCGGAACGUUCCGCGGAUCUGCGGUGUGUGUGGAGACAAAGCUACCGGCUUCCACUUUAAUGCCAUGACCUGUGAGGGCUGCAAGGGCUUCUUCAGACGCAGCAUGAAGCGUAAGGCCAGCUUUACAUGCCCUUUCAGUGGGAGCUGCAGCAUCACUAAAGACAACCGGCGACACUGCCAGGCCUGCAGACUCAAACGCUGUCUGGAUAUUGGCAUGAUGAAGGAGUUUAUUCUGACUGAUGAGGAGGUGCAGAGGAAGAAAGAUCUAAUCCAGAAGAGGAAGGAUGAGGAGGCGCAGAGAGAAGCGCAGAAGCCCCGCCUCUCUGAGGAGCAGAGCACUGUCAUCUCCACGCUGGUGGAGGCACAUCACAAAACCUACGACGACUCGUACUCUGACUUCUCCCGCUUCCGACCUCCAGUGAGAGAGGGUCCUGUUACACGCAGUGCCAGUCGAGCUGCUUCUCUGCACUCGCUGUCUGAUGCUUCUUGCGACUCCUUUCGCCACUCACCUGAGUCGGGUGACGGUAAGCUCAAUCUGAGCAGUAUGUUGAUGAUGUAUCAGGAUCAGGGUUCUAGUCCUGACUCAAAGGAUGACGAUGGUUCUCGCUUGUCCAUGCUGCCUCACCUGGCCGAUCUGGUCAGCUACAGCAUCCAGAAGGUCAUCGGAUUUGCCAAGAUGAUCCCCGGAUUCAGAGAGUUAACAGCUGAAGAUCAGAUCGCUCUGCUGAAGUCCAGUGCCAUUGAGGUGAUCAUGCUGAGGUCCAAUCAGUCCUUCAGUCUGGAGGAUAUGAGCUGGUGCUGCGGGGGACCCGAGUUCAAGUACUGCAUCAGUGAUGUCACUAAGGCUGGCCACUCUCUGGAGCUGCUGGAGCCACUGGUGAAGUUCCAGGUGGGGUUGAAGAAGCUGAAUCUGCAUGAGGAGGAACACGUGCUGCUGAUGGCCAUCUGCCUGCUGUCCCCCGACCGCCCUGGCGUGCAGGAUCACGAGCGUGUGGAGGCUCUACAGGAGCGUCUCUCUGAGGUCCUCCAGGCGUACAUCCGAGUGCAUCACCGCGGCCGUCUGCAUUACGCCAAAAUGAUCCAAAAGCUGGCGGAGCUGCGCAGUCUGAGUGAGGAACACUCGAAGCAGUACCGCACGCUGUCCUUCCAGCCCGAGCACAGCAUGCAGCUCACACCACUCGUCCUCGAGGUGUUCGGCGGGCAGGUCACCUAGAGGUCAGGGGGGCGUGUAGGGCGUGGACAUUCACAAUGAAACACACACACAGAGCCUGGGAGUGCUGUGUGUGUGCGCGUGCGCGCGCUUAUAUGAGUGUGUGUGUGUGUGUGUGUGUGUGUGUGUGUGUUCAUUCCUUCAUCAUCAGUUCCAGAUCAGAAGGGUGUUUUUAAAGAUUGCAAUGUGCAUUUAUUCCAGAAUCAUGAACUUGCAGUAUUACACUACGUGUACCUCUGUGUGUGUGUGUGUGUGUGUGUGUGUGUGUGUGUGUGUGUGUGUGUGUGUGUGUGUGUGUAAUAGCUCUGCUUGGUUCGCUGCUGCUGUCUCUUCACCUCCUACCUUUAAAAUGCACACAGUCCACACAGUCUGGCCACUUGACCAAUCACAACGCAUCGCUUCACCCUUAGGCUCCUCCCCAAAGAACUCUGAUUGGCUGCUGAAAAAAUGCACAAAAUCAGGUUUGUGCAUAAUUCAUAAAUUAUUCUUUAUGUAAAAAAAGAGAGAGAGAGAGAAAAUGUCAAGAGUACUGAUAAAGGUUUAUGUUUCAGAAAAUUUUACUUCACUUAAAUAUCUAGAAAAUCGAAUACAUUUGAAUAUUAAUGAUUCUCUAAUUAUACUACGCUACUCAAACAUCGCAGAUUUGUUUUAUAUAAGAAUCCGCCUUUAUACUGGAAUAGUAUAUUCCACACUAAUAUGAAUCACUAAUGGAUUCACGUGCGUGACGUGUGCUCGUGUGCAUAGCGUAUUAUAAUGGGGUUGUACUCGUGCACGUCACAUAGAAUGUCGUAAACAUCAAACAACACACGAGUCAUUUAGUCAAAUUUAAUAAGUGACUCGGAGUCUUUUGGUCAAAUUUAAUAAUUGACUCGGAAUCAUUUAGUCAGAUUUACCUUCAGAUAUUUACACAUUAUGAAAAUUUGUGUUUUUUAUGAUAUGUAUUAAUAUUUUAAAAUAUUUUUAAAAGAAGAUACACACAAUGCCUAAAGAAUCGAUUUCAAAUCACACUUUGACUCACUGAAUCAAAUGCAAUAGAAUCAGGAAGUCUCAAGAAAUCCCCACCUCUCUAUGGACAAAGACUAAAGUAAAAGUCUUCCAGUUUCUUUCAUAUUUUUUCACCUCAUACUAUUUACCCUCACCAGUGUAAUUUUUUUUAACUAUACGACAUUACUUUUGCAUAACAGGUUCCCAAUGAAUUAAAAUCCAAAAUGGCUUCUUGUUCACAUCGGCUAUAACAUGCCGUUGUUGUUGUUGUUGUUAUAGACGCUACACAGAGCGUACAGAAUGCUUUCAUAAAUACAUAUUGUCAUAAAUGAAAUUAUUUCGUGCUUAUCCUGUAUCAAACAACACGUGAGUCAUUUAAUCAAAUUUGCUAAACGACUCCGAAUCAUUUACUCAGAUUUACUUUCAAAUAUUUGCAUAAUAUAAUUUUUUUUUUAAUCAUCAACAAAAUGCUUUAAAGGUAAGCAGUAAACCACAGUGUAAAAACAUAAUCAAGAUGCUCGAAGAAUCGGGUUCUAAUAACACGAAUCAAAUCUGAAUAAAUGAUUCAGUCAUUUUCUCAAAUUUACCUUCAUAUUUCUAGAUAUUUUAGAAAACUUUGUGGGGAUAUUUUUUAUUGAUAAAUUGAUAUGUUUUAAAAGCAGGAAGUUAUAGUAAAAAAAAUAGGAAUUAGGAAUUUAUUUCUAAUCAUGUUAUGACUCGCUGAAUCAAAUUUCCCUAAAUGACUCAGAGUCUCAGAGUCGUUUAGUCAGAUUUAGCUUCAAAUAUUAAAAAUAUGAUGGGAGUUUGCGUUUCUAUGACGUAUAUUCAUGAUAUUGUGUUUUAAAAGCAGAAAGCCUCAGUGGAAAAACACAAUCUGUCAGUGAGAUGCGUAAAGAAUCGAUUUCUGCUCACACUCCGACUCACUGAAUCAAAUCAGGAAUCAGGUCUAAAAAUUUCAGUCCCGAGUGAAAAAGACAAAAGAUGCCUUUUGGAUUUCUUUCCUCUUUUUUUUCCUCCGUGUAGAAACCGAAUGAUGUGAUGAGGUCUGUGUGGACUGCUCAGUGCUUCAAACUUAAAAACGUGUAAAUAUGACUAUAUAUACUUUAACGUUAUAUUCUUAGAUCCUACACGUGUAAUCUUUACCUCUGACCUAGGAUGUGUUUAUAGAACAGAGUUCCUCUUUAAGCUGAAUUGAAGCUCUGAUCAGUGUGUGACCUCUCGGGGGUUUUAAGGUUUGACUAUAGUUUUUUUAUGACACUGUUGUAGCUAACAGUGAUGCAUUAUAAGCUUCGGAACAGUGUACUGUCAUGCUUCAUGGCGCGUAUUUCAUUUUCCUGACCAUCGUCAUUAAUUCGCUCGUUAUUGCUGUAGAAGCUCCGGCCAAACAUGGAGAACAUCGCCAUGACGCUGCUUUGGAAAGUUUUCCUCCAGCGUUUAUUGUUUUUUUGUUUGUUUUUACGCUAAAUCUCUCGCCACUGGAUCUGUGUGUGUGUGUGUGUGUGUGUGUGUGUGUGUGUGUGUGUGUGUGUGUGUGUGUGAUAAUAACACAACAAUUUAGAUGUAUUGAUCUCAUUUAGAAUAGAAGUCUAAGGGCAGAUGUUCGCAAAAAAACCGUUUAAAACGUAUAUUAAAAAUGAUAGCCUGCCUCAUUACACUGCUACAAUAAAAAAAUCACACCCUGAUGGCAGCCGUAAUGUGUUUAUAUUUAGUUCUCAAUAAACACAAUAAACAACUUUUGCGAUUUAAAAAAAUUGAAGUUGGUUGUCUGAUAGGUUCCUCUAUCGUAUUUUGAGUAAAAUAGCGAGCUGUCUCCAGCUAACUAGCCACAGGAACGACUUCUGAUGUCCUUCGAACUUGUCAGAUCGUAUUGUUGGUUAAAUUUCACCAUGGCAGCGAUAUCUGUCAAAUAGCUCACUAAAUGUUGCCAUGGCACCCGCCCCGGUGAUCUACAAACCUCUCAAAAUGUGACAUGUUAGUUGGCUAAAUGUUUUUUGUUUUUUCUUAUCAUAUUUGAUUUUAAAAACUAGCAAGCGAACUGUAAAUAUCCGAAUCAACCCUUACUGCUAACUAGCUUACAGAUCUGUCAGCUCAUUUAGCAUUAGCUAGCUAAUUGUAACCAUGGGAACAACAUUUGAUGAUGUAUGUAUGAUACUAUCAGGUUGCUUUACGUUGGCUGUUUAAAUAAAACCAGGAAAAGAACUUGUUGUAAAUUGAAAACCCGUUAGUUUAACGCUAUAUAAAUAUACGUAUAAAUACGUCGAUGAUGUUCUGUAAUACCUCUCAGUGUUCUUCCCAUCGAUAGUGUUCUUACGGGAGCGACUUUUGUGAAUCCAUGAAAUAUUCAGGUUAUCCACUGACACCGUGGGAACGAUCGAUGAUGUCAGAUCCUGUCAGAUGGGAGUACAUCAAUUGGUUGUUGAAAUGUAACCAUGGAAACAGCCUAUGGUAAUUAAUUAACCUGUCACAUUGUGUUAUAUUAACUAGCUAAACGUAACCAUGGAAACACUUCUGGCUGUUGAACCUCCGGCCGCCAGGUGCACAAAAAAGCGUAUUACUUUAUAUUUUAAUUUGUAGCAUCAACAUACUGUACACAAACAAAGUUUAAAAAAACACGUAUUGAUAUCUCACUUCCUGUGUAAAAAAAUGUUCAGGGUUAAAACCAAAAUCAAGUGUUUGUGGUGUUCAUAUCCCAUCAGAACCUUUAAAAAAAUCAUUCCAUGUCUGAAAUACACUCAGUGGCCACUUUAAUAGGAACUCGUUGAGUGUAAGAUCCCUGUUCUUGGCUGCAGGAGUGGAACCCGGUGUGUUCUUCUGUGUUCUGUCGCAUGCUGAGAUGCUUUUCUGCUCACCACGGUUGUAAAGAGUGAUUAUAUGAGUUACUAUAUCCUUCCAAUCUGGCCAUUUCCCUCUGACCCUCUCUUAUCAACAAGGCGUUUGUUUUUUCCACCCACAGAACUGUCGCUCACUCACUCAAAAAAUGUUUUUUGUUUUCCGCACCAUUCUGUGUAAACGCUAGAGACUGCUGUGUGUGAAAACCCCAGGAGAUCAGCAGCUUCUGAAAUACUCAAACCAGUCCAUCUGACUCAAACCAACACCCAUACCACAGUGAAAGAGAGUCACACUUUGAGAUCACAGUGUUUCCCGUUCUGAUGUUUCAAGUGAACAUUAAGGCUACGUUUACACUAGACCGUAUCUGUCUCGUUUUCUUCGCGGAUGCACUGUCCGUUUACAUUAACCCCCCUGAAAAAGCGGGGAAACGGGAAUCCGCCAGCGUCCACGUAUUCAAUCUAGAUCGUAUCAGCUCCGGUGCUGUGUAAACAUUGAGAAUACGCGAAUACGCUGUGCUGAGCUCUAGCUGGCGUCUCAUUGGACAACAUCACUGUGACAUCCACCUUCCUGAUUCGCUGGCGUUGGUCAUGUGACGCGACUGCUGAAAAACGGCGCAGACUUCCGCCUUGUAUCACCUUUCAUUAAAGAGUAUAAAAGUAUGAAAAUACUGCAAAUACUGAUGCAAAUACUGCCCAUUGUGUAGUUAUGAUUGUCUUUAGGCUUGCCAUCCUUCCACUUGCAAGUAAUAAGUGAUAUGCGCUGGGAUCACACACACACAGCGGCUCAGUCCCGAAUCGUGGCUUGUUCACUUCACUCGUGCGCUGUGUGAGCUGCACAGGGCCGGAGUGCGCACCCUCCAGAGGGCACUCGCUGUUCAGGGCGGAGUGAUUUGGAGCGCAGGAUGCCUGUGGAGCCGAGCGUAUCCGCGUAUUGGUGUUGCUGUGUGCACGGCUAACGGUUUUAGUGUAAACGCGAAUCGUUUUAAGAACGUUAAUCUGAUGAUCCGCUGAUUCGACGUAAUGUAAACGUAGCCUAAGUGAACUGAAGCUGUUGAUUUGUAUGUGCGUGAUUUGAUGAGUGAGCGUGUUUACCGCUUCAUUUCUAUCCACGCUGUUCAUGAAUAUGUUCAGUGAGACAAAAAAAAAAAUCUGCCCCUUGACUUGUAUUAUAAGUGAGUUUGAUGCGAACAUUUUAUUUAUUUAUGUUUUUGCUCAGUCUGAGGACACACACACACACACACACGAGACACAGUGGCGUGAGAUGAGAGUGAUGAGUGAAAACGCUGGAGUUUCCCUUUAAUCAACUUUAAUGGAUUUGCUGCUCUGUCGUUGCUAAAUGAAGCUCUAUAACGUUAUUACGCCUCGUAUCGCACCCGAGUUUCUCUUCUGUUUUGUUAUUGAAUGUUAUAAAACUGUUAUCCUUGCUUUCAGAGUUAACACGUUUUAACACGCUCAUUGUUUCAAGAUAAUGAGGUAGUUGACGAGAACAACCCCAGACGAGGCACUCGAGGAUCUGUGAUGCGUUCAGAGACAAAUUUUAUUCUCCAGUUCUUCAGAUUCAAUGUUUUGUCUGUUUAUGGCUCGUGGACGCGUUUCUGUUCCGACACCCGCUGCAGGAGGACGUCGUGUGUGUGUGUGUGUGUGUGUGUGUGUGUGUGUGUGUGAAGGAAAGAGGGUGUGGUCGGGUCACCAUGGUAAUGGCAGGCUGAAGCUGCUCGGUCGCCUAGGCUCAGGGUCGAUGGCAGAAUGUUUCAUCGCUUUUUUAUUAGAAACAUAUUAAGAUUGCUCAGCGCAUAAGGAAAACAAAAACUACCUGUGUGUGUGUGUGUGUGUGUGUGUGUGUGUGCUGUAUAUAGCAGGACUGUUAAGCACUUAUCUAUUCACUAUGUAUAUUGAUAUUUCUGUGUGGGCGUGGCAAACUCGGAUGUGUGUGUGUGUGUGUGUGUGUGUGUGUGUGUGUGUGUGUGUGUGUGUGUGUGUGUGUGAGAGAUAGAGAUAUAAAAAGUGAUAUUUUAUAACCCAGUCCAGAGCUAUUUGCAAAAUAUAAUUUAGUCCAGGCACGUAAACAUUUAACUUUGAAAAUCUGAUCCCUGAAUGUCGGUUAAAAUGAAUGAACCUUGAUUAUUUUUAUGAUUAUUUUUAAACGUAUUCUCCUCAUUUAUUCAUAUUUGUCAUUUAAACGUAGGGCUGCACAGAUCAUUUAUAUUUUAAUCUUGUUUACAGAUUGUUUCCUGGCUGUAUUAAAGAUAAACAGCAGUGAUGUUCGCGCGCGCGACAGAGAAACGUUUCGCUUCCUCCAGACUCUGUGCAUUAAUGCUGCGUUCACUCGCUUCUCAAUUGUUUGUGAUUUACUGUUUAAAGUUUUUGCGUUUGGAAAGCUGGAUCUAGUUUCUAUUUUGGUAUCUUUCAAACUCAAAACUAAUGUAAAUAUGUUUGUGUGAUGGUCUAACUGUCUAAUCAUAUCUGUAACAUAAACAGCAAUGAUUUAAGGACAACAAAUGUUUCCAGGCAAAACAAACCUCACCCGGCAGCACUUAUUUUAUACCUAUAUGCUGAUAAUGGUAAUAUUUCUCAAUCAUCAGUUGUCAGGUUAUCGUCCUAUGAAAACCCAUGACCUUGAGUUUGCCAUUUCAAAGUUAUUCAAGGUCAAAGAUCAUGGUGGCAACUGAAAGCCCAUAUGGCACUUCUUAUAUGAUGAUAAUGGUAAACAUCUGGCUAUCAUGAACCAUUUUAAAGUUAUAGCCCUUUGAAAACCCAUUACCUUGAGUUUGACCUUUCAAGGUCAGUCAAAGUCAAAGAUCAUGGUGCCAAAUGAAAGGACACAUGGGAGUUCCUAUACGCUCACCUUGACCUGAUUACCCCCAAAAUUUAACCAGGUAAUCUAUGGACCAUUGCCCACCUACUCUGAAAAUUUGAAGUCAAUUGGUGCAACCGUCUAGACGCUAGAUUGUUAACAAACAAACAAACUGCACUGAUUCUAAUCCCGGCCCCGCUGACUCCGUGUCAGGUGCAGUAAGUAUUCAUCUAAUUAUUCAUGAUGCUUCUUUCUGUAAUUAAAACCAAACCUGAUGUUCCAGUUCAGUCAUUAAAUCACAAACUCACUAAUUUACACUAAUUCUUGAAUGCAGCAUUAAUCAAAAGUUCCCCUGAUUUUAAAUGCGUUUUUAACAUAUCGACCAAUCAGAGUGCGUCUGUGGACAGCGAGCUCUUUCACUCGUUACACAAUACUAAAGAGCGUCAGAUCAGAUCUUUAAUCAGCUAUUUAAUAGAUUAAUAAUGCGACUAAAUAAUGCGAAUAAACAUAGGAAGGAAAUUUUACGGAGUGAUAUUCCUAUCAUAAGGAUUAGUUUUAGGAAUUGUUGACGCGUUAUUUUGUUUUUGAAGUUGAAUUAAAGUGAAAUUUGCUCAUCAGGCUUUAAAAACGUGUCAGUACAACAAUCCAACCUGCAAAAUUAUUAUUAUUUUUCAAACAGCAUUUUGCACUGAAUUGAUCCAAUCUCGAUUUACAAGAUUCCACAGCCGCAGCGCUUCAGCACACAUUUGAUUGGUCGCCGUUUCAGCCAAUCCGCAGUCAGGAAAAGGGUUUGUUCCUGAAUCUGAUCUGCUGCGUCGAACCUUUAAAGGUUUACGUGCAACAAAGUGAAGACUCUUUACAGAAAUCUUUUUGUAAGAGUUUAUAUUUCAGGAAAAGAAACAUUUCAGAAAAAUAUUUUUAAACUGAAUUUUUAAAACCAAAUUUGACACUUUUUUUUUUUUUUAAAUAUUCAGCAGAAAUGAAUUUCGAUGCAAUAAAGAACCGAAUGUGUCAUGACUGUGUUGUCCACCAGAGGGCAGUGUAUUUAUACUUUAAUUAAGAAAAAAAACAGGUUCUUCCUCCAGGUUCUAGUUUUCUGAAGAGGUUCUACACAGAAUAGUGAAGUAUGCAAAAAAAUAAAUAAAAAUAAAGUUGUGAUUAAAUUAUCAGAAUAAUUAUUGAUCAGUGAUCAGCGUUAAGCCAAAAACAAUCAUAAUGAUCAAUUUAACCCUUUACUGUGCAGCCCUCGCUGUAGCCCACGCCUCACUUUCUGGUAGAUUGGAAGGUGUGUGUGUGUGUGUGUGUGUGUGUGUGUGUGUGUUUAGGGGACUAGUUUAUUAAUAAUUGCCCCCUUUAACCUAACAGACAUUAAAGGAACAGUCCAGUGUUGUUGUUUUUUUAAUCCUAGUCUCUUUAAACCGCAGUAAUCCAUGAUCUAAUCUCAUUGCGCGAUGUUACCUCACUGAGUGUAAACACAGGAUCGGAUUUUAUUAAUCUUUUAGAUUGCACUAUGUUAGCUAGCUAACUGUAACCAUAGAAACCGCUGGGAGUAGAGCCGUCUCUGUCGUGCGUCUGAGUGAGAGAUUUAUAAUUAAAAUAAUUGUAAUUGGACCACAGUGAGAGAAGAAUGUAAAUCCUGUUUACACCAAAUUCACUGAGGGCAGCUGCCGAAUGUCUGUUUAACCGUAAAAUUCUUCAGAUGUGAAAGAAAUUCUUCCCAAAUCUCUUCUGAUCUUUCAUCUGUUAUCUUUAACUUUCACAUGCUGGAGUAGCGCAGUAAACAGUAGCGUCCCGGACAAGUUACUUUCCUUCUUUUCUUUUUUUUGUUGUUGUCGUAUCCAUACGCCAUAAAAAAUAGUUCCGUCUCUGACGGGAGCGAGUCUACGCAGAUACGGGACGUGUUUUUCUAAAUGUGUUUGCCGUAAACAGGGUUUUAUUUUAUUUAAUUUUUUUUAAUCUCAAACACAAACCUAUCCUACAAACACGGCCGAGAGAGGGAUUAGGAUUUAAAAUAAUAAAUAAAUAAAUAACUCUGGAAUGUUCCUUUAACUCGUAUUUUCUUUCUCGUGUCUCAUCAUCGUCUAAACGCUGCUCGUUUCUGUGUGUAGUUUUUUGUUUAUCACUCGAACUGGAAACCUUUCAGUUGAAAAAAAUUUCAGCAGAUUUUUUUUUUUUUUUUGCAUAAUCUUGUUUUGGGUUUUACAGUAAAAAAAAAAAAAACACAAACAAACAAAGAAACAAAUCAAACAACACUACACCAGCAUCUGCUCAUAAACACCAGGCUACUGCGCAAAAUCUAUCAUGAUGAUGAUGGAAAUGAGGAUGAUUUUUAUAUCGAUGUUGUUCUCUAUUAUUAUUAUUAUUAUUAUUAUUAUUAUUUCUUUUCUUUUUUUUUGAGUCCAAAGCGUAACCAUAAUGAACUACCUCACUCGGCUACAGACGCAUGUGAUUUUUUUUUUUUUUGUAUUUUUUAUGAUUGGUGUUUGUAUUUAUUGCCGUGGCUCACACACGGGCGACUCGAGUACCUCAGACUUUAACGUGUUUCCCACAGCGCAGCAGACUCGCCUUAACACAAUAUUACAGCUACUAUUAUUAUUAUUAUUAUUAUUAUUAUUAUAUUUCUCAACUUUUUUUUUUUGUUUUUCUAUCUUCAGCUUUCUCUCCAGUCAGACACAAGACUCAUAACUACAGAUGUGUGGGUCAAAGAUGAACACAUCGACCGUAUUUCCACCUCAUUCCACUUUAAUCGGAGUCGCUAGUUUUCUCACGACGGUGUAUACGUACGUAUCAGAACAAAUGAAUCGAGAAUAAAAAUAACAGCCCACGUUAUCAUUGUAAUAAUUAAUACUAAAAUGAUGUACGUAUGAGUGAGAUCAGUGAAAGGAUUUAAAUAAUAAUAAACAUCAAUAUGGAAGAAAAAUUACAAAUGUAUCCCUGGGGCUGUUUAAGGUUAAAAAAUUAAAUAUAAAUGAUA